AUGGGCCACACGUGCCGCGGCACCAUCAACCUGGCCACGGCCAACAUCACCGUGGAGGAUUCCUGCAAUUUCAUCAUCUCGAACGGCGGAGCCCAGACCUACCACCUCAAGGCCAGCACCGAGGUGGAGCGGCAGCGCUGGGUCACCGCCCUUGAGCUCGCCAAGGCCAAGGCUGUCAAGAUGCUGGAGGAAUCAGACGACUCCGGCGACGAGUCGGUGUCACAGACGGACAAGACGGAGCUGCAGAACACCCUGCGGAUUUUAUCCAGCAAAGUGGAGGACCUGAGCACCUGCAACGACCUGAUAGCCAAGCACGGCUCAGCCCUGCAGCGCUCCCUCAGCGAGCUCGAGGCCCUGCGGCUCCCUCCGGACAGCACGGACAAGAUCAAGCAGGUCAACGAGCGGGCCACGCUCUUCCGCAUCACCUCCAACGCCAUGAUCAACGCCUGCCGGGAUUUCAUGCUCCUGGCACAAACUCACGGGAAGAAGUGGCAGAAGUCGCUGCAGCAGGAGCGGGAUCAGCGGAUCCGGCUGGAGGAGACGCUGGAGCAGCUAGCCAAGCAGCACAACCACCUGGAAAGGGCUUUCCGGGGGGCCACGGUGCUCCCCGCCAGCACGUCCGGCAGUGGAGGCUCUGGCAAAGACCUGUGCUGCCCUGCCAAAGGUGACCUGAGUGACGAGGACGAUGACAACAAUGAGUUCUUUGAUGCCCCAGAGAUCUUCCCCAUGCCCGACAUGAUGGGCCACAAGAGAACUGGGAGCAACAUCAGUGGCACCAGCAGUGACAUCAGCCUGGAUGAGCAGUACAAGCACCAGGUUGAGGACACCAAGAAGGAGAAGAGAACCCGCAUUCCCUACAAACCCAACUACAGCCUCAACCUCUGGAGCAUCAUGAAGAACUGCAUCGGGAAGGAGCUCUCCAAGAUUCCCAUGCCAGUGAAUUUCAACGAGCCGCUGUCCAUGCUGCAGCGGCUGACGGAGGACCUGGAAUACCACGAGCUCCUGGAUCGGGCGGCGCGGUGCGAGAGCUCCCUGGAGCAGCUGUGCUACGUGGCCGCUUUCACCGUGUCCUCCUACUCCACCACCGUCUUCCGCACCAGCAAACCCUUCAACCCGCUCCUGGGGGAAACCUUCGAGCUGGAUCGCCUGGAGGAGAACGGAUACCGCUCCCUCUGCGAGCAGGUGAGCCACCACCCGCCGGCCGCCGCCCACCACGCCGACUCCAAGAAUGGCUGGACGCUGCGCCAGGAAAUCAAAAUCACCAGCAAAUUCCGAGGGAAAUACCUCUCCAUCAUGCCUCUGGGUACCAUCCACUGCAUCUUCCACUCCUCCGGCAACCACUACACGUGGAAAAAGGUGACGACCACCGUGCACAACAUCAUCGUGGGGAAGCUCUGGAUAGACCAGUCAGGUGAGAUCGAGAUUGUCAACCACAAGACAGGGGACAAGUGCAUCCUCAAGUUCGUCCCUUACAGCUACUUCUCCCGAGAUGUGGCAAGGAAGGUGACCGGGGAGGUCAUGGACCCCUCAGGAAAGGUGCAUUUUGUCCUGCUGGGUACGUGGGACGAGAAGAUGGAUUGCUACAAGGUCCAGCUGGGAACAGGGGACAACGGAGCCGAGACGCGGCCACGAGCCCACGAGGCCGAGGACAGCCGGGUGCUGCUGUGGAAGCGGAACCCGCUCCCGAAGCACGCAGAGAACAUGUACUACUUCUCGGAGCUGGCGCUGACCCUGAACGCGCCGGAGAACGGGACGGCCCCCACGGACAGCCGGUGGCGCCCGGACCAGCGCCUCAUGGAGAACGGCCGGUGGGACGAGGCCAACGUGGAGAAGCAGCGGCUGGAGGAGAAACAGCGGCUCUCCCGCAAGCGCCGCGAGGCCGAGGCCGCCCGCGCCACCGAGGACGGUAAGGCAGGGCUGUCACACGGGGGUGUCCCCCCUCGGGGUGCCCCGCCGGCCCUCACCCCGCUGUGCCCCCCAGGGACACCCUACGACCCCUACAAACCGCUGUGGUUCGAGCGGAAGAAGGACCCGGUGACCCAGGAGAUGGCGCACGUCUACAAGGGGGGCUACUGGGAGAGCAAGGAGAAGCAGGACUGGAGCUUGUGCCCGGAUAUUUUCUGAGCCCGGCGAAGAGGAGGAGGAGGAGCGGCAGGGGGGGAAGGAUGAAGGCCAGGACCC